AUGGCUAUGAUGGUGUUGUUGCUUCUUAACAAUGCAAUUGCAUACGGUUCUCAUUCUUCUUCGGCUGACACCACUAUGCAUACUAACAACUGGGCUGUCUUGGUUUGCACUUCUCGUUUCUGGUUUAACUACCGGCACAUGGCUAAUACUUUGUCAUUGUAUAGGACAGUUAAGCGAUUAGGUAUACCUGAUGAGAGGAUAAUACUCAUGCUGGCAGAUGACAUGGCUUGCAAUGCUAGGAACAAGUACCCUGCACAAGUCUUCAACAAUGAAAACCACAGACUUAAUUUAUAUGGAGACAAUGUGGAGGUGGACUAUCGAGGUUAUGAAGUAACUGUUGAAAAUUUUUUACGGGUUUUGACCGGUCGCCAUGCAACUGCUGUUCCAAGAUCAAAGCGUCUCUUAAGUGAUGAAGGAAGCCACAUUCUUCUGUACAUGACGGGGCAUGGAGGAGAUGAAUUCUUAAAAUUCCAGGACUCUGAAGAGCUCCAGAGUCAUGAUUUAGCUGAUGCUGUGAAGCAAAUGAAGGAGAAGCGUAGAUUCAAGGAGUUGCUGAUAAUGGUCGACACUUGCCAAGCUGCCACUCUAUUCAAUCAGCUCCAGUCGCCUGGUGUUUUAGCCAUUGGGAGUAGCAUGAAAGGAGAGAACUCGUACUCACAUCACUUGGACUCUGAUGUUGGUGUUUCUGUUGUGGAUCGUUUUACAUUCUAUACACUUGCCUUUUUUGAGAGGCUAAAUAUGUAUGACAAUGCCUCGUUGAGCAGUCUUUUUACUUCAUAUGAUCCUAAUGCAUUGAUGUCAACUGCAUAUUACCGAACAGAUAUAUACCAACGACGUUUGGAGGAGGUACCUGUAACAAACUUUUUUGGCUCGGUCAUGGAAACAAUACAUACUGAUUCUGCCUAUAAAGCCAUCCCUAGGAAAAUAUCCAACAGGGCUGGAAUCAGUAUGGCUGUUGAAAAAUCAGUUGACCAUGAUGAUAGAAGAACUUCGAUAGAUUCCAACUUUCAGGAUCAAAUUAGUCAUACAAAGACAAAGGAUCAAAUUUGCCCUUUUACACGAACAAUGAACUCAUUUCUUGACAAGGUGGAAAGAAUUGAACAUCCUGAUUCCUUGGUGAAUUGCGGGUUGAUAGCGAUGCUUCCACUUCUGAUUAUUUCUGCGUGGCUAUCAUCAUGA